AGUUUUCGUUGAACACGUGAUUGUAGCUCAUGUCGCUGUUUGUUUUUGAAGCGGACUCUUCUUGUGAGACAUGUCGGCUUUCGGCGCAGAGCUCAUCGACUACCUGGAAGGACAAAUCACCUUCGAGGAGUUUGACAGGAGAAGAAAUGAGCGAAAGCAGUGUAAAGUUUCCACUAAAGAUGAAGAAGAGCAAGAAGAAAAAGAUGAUGAUGAUGAUGAUGCUCAGCCGUCCACCUCAGGGCAAAUGGCUACAAAAAUCGAGGAGGGAGUCAGCCCGGGAGUCCAGCUAGCCUUUGCCUCCAUGCUAGGAGAAGUGCCAGAAGCUCAGUCGUCAGAAUCGGAGGAGGAAGAAGAUGACCUGAGCUACGCUGAUGACGAAAAUGAUGAAGAUUACAGAGUGGAUCAGGAGGAGGAAACGAUGGAGCCAGUGAAGACAAAGAAGAGGAAAAGUGGGGGAGGCAAGCUUGUGAGACAGAAGAAGAAGAAGCAGGAGGUGGAGAAUGUGAGCGUGGGGGACGUGUUUGCUCUGGAGAUGGAGCUGAACCGAGAAAACAAGAAGAUGAUGAAGCGUCAUAAUCGCAGCAAGCUAUCCCGGGCUUUGAGAGGCUUGAUGGGAGAAGCCAACAUCCGCUACGCCCGCGGAGACAAAGAGGACGCCAUUUUGAUGUGCAUGGAGAUCAUCAGACAGGCUCCUAUGGCUUAUGAACCAUUCUCCACAUUAGCUAUGAUCUAUGAAGAUAAUGAAGACCUGAACAAGGCGCUGCAGUUCGGUCUGAUUGCCGCUCACUUGAACCCCUCAGACUCUGAAGAAUGGAUCAGGAUGGCAGAAAUGUCCCUGGAGCAAAACAAUGUCCGACAGGCCAUCAUCUGCUACAAUAAAGCCAUAAAGAAUGACCCCACCAAUAUACACUAUCUGUGGGAGCGCUGCAACCUCCAGUUGCGUCUGGGCGAAAACAAGCAGUGCAUGGAUGGCUACCGCAAGAUCCUGUCACUGCUGCCAAUGGAAGAUGGAAAACACUUUAUACAACUCUCCAAAGACAUGGCCAAGAGUUACUAUGAGAGUAACGACUUGCCUGCAGCACUCGGUGUUACAGAGGAGGCGCUGGUGCGACACGCAGACCUGGUCACAGAUGACUUUGUCAACAUGGCAGCUGAGCUUUACAUUGCCAACCGCCAAUACAACAAGGCUCUGCAGGUCUUGGUCCAGUUUUCAGGUAUAGUUUUGGUCAGAGCUGAACCCACUUCAGACUCCACUGCACAGGAGGUGAAGACUGAACAGGAAGAUGAGAAAAAUGAGGAGGCUGCAGUGUUGAAGGUGCAGGAGGACAUGGCGACAGAGGAACCGGGAAAAAUCAAGGCGGUGCAAAUACCAGACAGUGUCCCAGUGGACCUCAGGGCUAAGUUAAUUGUCUGUCUCAUCCACCUCCAUAUGUACGCACCUGUAGAGGUAUUGGUGACAUCGCUGAUGGAGCAGAGUGCAGAGGAUAUUGGUGACUUGUACCUGGACGUAGGUGAAGCUUACAUGGACGAGGGCGAGUACUUGUCUGCUCUGCCUUUGCUCUCCUCUCUCGUCAUAUCUGAAAAGUACAACCUGGCUGUUAUUUGGCUCCGACAGGCAGAGUGUCUGAAGGCACUGGGCCACAUGGAGGCAGCAGCAGAUGCCUACACAAAGGUGGUGGAAUUGGCUCCACAGCAUCUGGAGGCCCGGCUUUCUCUAGCUACCCUGCAGCAGCAGCUGGGGCGGCCGCAGUGCGCCCUGAAGGCCCUGGAGUCCAUGUACGACAGCGACACACUGGCACAGGACUCUUCAGCUGCACAAAAGGAAUUGAAACUGCUCUUGCAUCGCUCCACUCUGUUAAAGACUCAAGGCCAAGUACAGGACUAUCUGGAUGCUGUGAUUUCCAUGAUCUCCAUGCUGCUUAAGGUGGCCAUGCAGCGAGCUAAAGUCUGUGUUCGCUCAGUAAAUGUGUCAGGCAAGACUCACCUGAGGCUGGUGAAGGUCAAAGAUAUGCAGUCUGACAUCGCUGACCAGGAAGCUGCCUACCGAGACAACACAGGUAAAACCAGUGUGCUGUCCAAAGAGGACUGGUGGCAGCUGCUGAUGUGCUGCCUUUCAACACUUUGUGAAAUUCACCGCUACCAGGAGGCCGAGCUGCUUGUCGACUCCGCCAUGGAAUUCUUCUCCUUCUAUGACAACAAGCCCAAGAGGAAGGAGCUGGAGUUCUUUGGCCUGUCCGCCGCCUUCCUCGACCACAACUACUUCAAAGCCUACGACUACAUCAGAUUGAUGCUGAUGGAAAAUGUUGACGUUCCACAGCUUUGGAAUAUUUUCAACCAGGUGACGACUUCUGCGCAGCACCAGCGUCACCAUCGCUUCUGCCUGCGCCUGCUAUUAAAACACCCUCAUAACCACGCCCUGUGUGUCCUGUGUGGACACAAUGCCAUGGUGUCGGGAAGUUUCAAGCAUGCUCUGGGACAGUAUGUUCAGGCCUUCCAGACUCACCCUGAAAACCCGCUCUGCAGCCUCUUUGUGGGACUCACCUUUUUCCACAUGGCUUCACAAAAAUUUGUCAGCAAGCGGCAUCCGCUGAUACUGCAGGGAUUUUCGUUCCUGUGGCGGUACAUGGAGUUGCGUGGGGAAUGUCAAGAAAGCACAUACAACCUGGGGAGGGCUCUGCAUCAAAUGGGUCUGACCCAUCUGGCCAUACAUUACUACCAGAAAGCACUUGAACUUCCUGCAGAGAAACUGGAGGGUAUUGCAGAUGAUCAGGUGGAUUUAAGGAGGGAGAUUGCCUUCAACCUCUCCAUGAUCUACCAGUCUAGUGGCAACAUCGAGAUGGCCCGUCAGCUCAUCAACACGUACUGCAUUGUUUGAAAAGCAGCAAAGGUUCUUUGGAAGUUUGUUACUGUGUGUUGGGACACAGUAGAUUUUAGACUGAUUCAUUUUGUGGAAGUACUUUUCAUUUAUUUGAUUUGCUCAAUUUGCAUAUAUAUGCGUGUGUGUGUGUGUGUGUAUUUGGGGGGGUGGGGUUGGCUGAGCCCACAUUUGUGUUCACAUUUCUGCACCAGCUACGAGAUGAAUGUGGAUUAUUUUUGAUGGAUAUGAGAAUUAAAUGACAUUUUAUCAGUAUUCAUGAUUUUCCUGUCAUCAUGGAUUUUGUUGUGCAGCCUCUCAUUACUGCAUGUACUAGAGUUCCUACAAGGAUUUUGUGGUAUUUUGUUGUUAAGCUUCCUGAUGUUGUAAAAAAUGUAAAUUCUUAAAGCUUUGAAAUACCAGAACGAAUGGUUUUUCAACAUGCAUCAAAUUGUCAUCAAAUUGUUCUCUCAGUGAAUGAGCCAUCAUAUGGCCGCAACCACUGUGGUGCUGUUAAAACAAAGAUUGUGGAGAUAUUAUGCUAUUUUUGAU